ACAUUUUCUUCAACAAGCAGCUCUCAGGACUAUUCUGGACAGAGCACCAAGGUCGCGAACUCUGCUAUAUAAAGUCCGCACCGGGUUGAACCUGGGCAUUAGUUGAAACAACCUCUUCUCUAGAACAACGGAGUCUCGACACUCAUCAUGAAGUUGGUCGGUCUCGCAUUGGCUCUCGUGCUGCUCUUGUCCGCCGUCCUGUCGCCCAGCCAAGCCACGCCGGACGCCCGAGCAGACCCGAAUCCGUUCUUCUUCAAAAAGAAGUAUGGCUAUGGCGGUUAUGGCUACGGCGGAUAUGGCUACGGCGGAUAUGGCGGUUAUGGCCAUGGCGGAUAUGGCGGAUAUGGCGGAUAUGGCGGAUAUGGCGGUUAUGGCCACGGUGGAUAUGGCGGUUUUGGCGGUUACGGAAUAGGGAAAUACUGGUGAAGGAAGAGACAGGCAGACUCCUCAAGCACGAUGUUGAAGAGUUAAGAUUUUCACUCGCUCUACGAAAUACCAUCAUCUUGUCGAAAACCAUGAAAAUAAAAUUAAUUAACGAUUCCUUAGGAAAUAAAAAAUAAAUUAAUUAACGAUUCCUUAGGAAAUAAAAAAUAAAUUAAAUAUGUACCUAACA